AUGCUUAAUCCCCAUAACGUGUUAAAAGUAUUAUCAAAUCUGACAUCAGAUAAAUUAUCCUGUAAUUCAUCAUCUUCAAUCAGUUUCGAUGAAGAACAUGUUGCAUUAAAUUUCUAUAAAUGUUUGGAAUUUAUUUUGGAAAGUACUUCUCGUACACUUGAAACGAAAACUACAUUGGAUCAUGACGAACAAUUAGAUAAUCAAGAUGUAGAGAAUCUCUUAGCAUUUACAUCCACACACGACCAUCUUGAUCCACUUAAAGAUACUGAUUAUGAACUUAUUCAUGAACAUAAUUUACAAAAUCAUUUCUCACUCGAUUAUAUGAAACGUGUGGUUGAUUGUUAUGACGAAAUAAAUCCAAUUACAGUUCUAAAUUUCGGCCAAUUUGCUGCCUUGAAAUUUAGGGAUGAUCUUGGUGAUGCUGGUUUUGGUUCAGUUCCAAUUGGGAUAUCGAAGGUUAGUGAUUUAUGGCCACUUAACGUACCAAUUGUUGGAUGUGUUUCGACGUUUGAAACUAGUGAAUGGAGUGGUUGA